UUUUUGUAACACUUAAGUGUUUGAUUUUUCAUCAGUUAUUCUGUUAUUUUGAUGGAUUAGAGGCCUAUAGAAACUCGUGGACAGGAUGCCAAGGAGCAGUCACGGAACCGAGGAACGUUGCUCCGUAAAAUUAUUUGGCACUCUCUUGAUUAUAAUCGGAUUUGAUUUUUGGUGUGCAUGACAUGACACUUCUGUCACGUAAUGACUGUCAUUGUAGUGCAUUGUAAGGCUUUAGUCUAUUCUCUGUUAAAAAGUUUUUCCAAAGCAGUGACUGACUUGCUGUUUUAAUAUCUCGUAUUUUGUCAGGAGGCGUUCUUGGUAACCCAUGGUUGCCUCUUUUGUGAUGGGGAGUAUGUAGGGAAGACAUCGAGGACAGUAGGAGUGGCAACUCUGCCAGCUCUAAGAAGGGGCGAUGUGACCAAGAAUAUCCCAGAGCCAAGAAUCUCAGAGUUAAGGCUGUGAUACUUACAGAUCUGAUUGUAACACAUAGAAAUAGUAAAACAAUAGUUAUUCAUUCAUAAGGUUAGCUGCAGUUUUUCUAACAGCCAUAGAAACCACUGUAGUUAACGAUAAUAUACAUUACAGUAUUUAAAAAUCAUCUCAUGAAAUGGCAUAAUGCAGUGUCUUUAUUAUAAAAUUCACUCAGUUGCAUCCUAAGAAUAUCACCACACAGCAUUUAGUACUUUUAAUUAUGUAUGCUUUGUGUGAGAGAAAUAAUAAUCAAAGCUAAGAAAGUCUAGCGCAGCUCAUCUAGAUUACAGUAUAAACAACCUUAGUUGGUACUGAGUGUGUAUGCAUGAUGGAGAAACUCUUGAUGUUCGGCUAAGAACUUUAUCAUUUUUACAUAUUAAGAUUACCACAAAAUUUUUUGGGACAAAUCUAGAAAUAGUUUUGCUGUUAUUGCAAUACUGUACUGCUACUCUGAGAGGAAGAGUUCCUCUUCAAGAAGAGCGCUUUAUUGAUCAAAAAUACUUCCUGGUAGAAAAUUUCGCCCUCAUCGUAGCCGUGUGAGAGCAAGAAUGGCGGCUGUUGAGGGUCAAGCAACUCAGUUAGACUUCCAUCAGGCAAUGGAAGAUUUCAAGACCAUGUUUCCUGAUGUUGAUGCAGAUGUCAUUGAGGCUGUGUUACGAGCUAAUCAUGGGGCUGUUCAUGAAACCAUUGACCAAUUGUUAACCAUGACAACAGACACAGAAAGUCAAAGUGGAGGAGUGGUUUGUCAGUUAGCUCCCCAUGGAGGUGGUGGUGCCAGUAAUGAGCUGCCUCCCUCGUACGCCCUCUCAGCUACACCACCCCCAAGCUAUCAUCAGGCGGUGCCAUCACCCCAUCGAUCUCCCUUACGAGGAGGACUUGCCCAGUCAGAAGAGUCUUUGUCAUUGCGGGCUCAGAAGAACUGGAAUCCUCCAAUGCUCCUGCCACUGCCUACAGACUUCUUGAGACUGACACCUCCCCCACAUCAAGGAGUCGGAGUUUUGUCACCCCAGCGUCUUAGUCAGCGUCUUAACGAAAAUGCCCUGGCUCGUGAGGCCGUGGGUGAGAGUGAUGCUGAACUAGCGCAGUACCUGAAAGACGAAAGAAUAGCGCUGUUUCUCCAAAAUGAUGAGUUUAUGGACGAGUUGAGAACUAACAGAGAGUUCAUGAAUGCUUUGCAAGAAGAUUAUGAAUCAGAGGCAGGGGAUGAUGAGGAACUAGAAGGUGCUGAAGGACGGGGUCAGCUGGCACAUUUGGAUGAUGCCACACUUAGAGAGAGAAUUGCUACUAUGGGCAAAGCAUCUAGGAAGAAAUUUGCACAGAUAGCUAAGGUAUUCUCCCGACGCAAGCGCAGCGGAGGGCGAAGCUUAUUGCCAAGUGCUGGUCGUGAUCAGUUGCUCAUAUCUGCAGAUCCAUUAAUUGAUGAAGAUGAUGAUGACAGACAGACACAGCAGACAAGGGAAGGAGGCGGUAUACCCACAUCUCCACGACACCUAAGGUAGAAAUUCUUGUUACGACACCUGUGAUGCAGUUUUAGAGCUGACGUUUCUUCCAAGCAGAUACUUCAGCUUUGUUUGUACAAGGUAUACAGUUUUAGGAAUUAUUUGAUAAAGGUAGUUCCGUAUGACACUUCAUGGUAGAUGUUGUGCUGCUACCAUUAUAAGUUGCUGUAACGACAGAGAUUGCCGUGCCAUGUGAACAAGCAUAGAGUACAGACAUUCUGGAGAAGAUUAUGUACAGUGCUUAGAUUGAGAUUUAUCAGGAAUUAAUUUACUGAUCUCAUGAAAUUACAGAGUAAGUAGAGGUACCAGUCCACAAGUCUUGGUGUGAUUAUUCAAUUAUGGAAGCUAGUAUAUGAGCUGUUUAAAGUGAAGAAAUAUGUAUAUUGUUGUGGAUGCAUUUCAAUAUUUUUCCCCAAAGUUCCUCAGAAUGUUGUCUCAAAUUCAUCAGCCCAAGAAAUAUGGACGACCUUUGCAUCAGUGGCUCAAGGUGUGUUUUUUUUUUUUUUUUUUUUUUUUUUUUUUUUUUUUUUUUUUUUACUUCCUUGAUUUCAUAUUCUAGGUUACUUGAAAGUAAUAUUCAAGACUUAGUUUCUAUUAGAGCAUCACUUUUUAAUUGUACAAUAGAACACAUUUAUUUUGUAUCUUAAGGUUAUUCAAAUUUGGCCAGUGACUAUAUGUUAGUGAUGGCUUGAUGAUAGGUAUAUAGAAUUUUUUUUACUGUUUGUAUAUUGUUAAAUAUAAUAUUUUUAGAAGUUUAUAUACUGUCUUCGUAAAGAUAAUGGAUUAUUUUAGUCAUUAAGUCUUUACACUAUAUACAUAUGUGCAUAUAAAGUACCUGUGAUUCUUAUUGUUAUGAAGUGAAACAAGGGAAUCUCUUUAAAGAGAAUACACUAUAGUAUAUGCACAGGGGCUCAUGAUGAAGUACAGUUAGGAGCAUAUUUUUAUCUUGCAACUUUAGAAGGUUAUUACUAAAAUCGUUCCUUUUGAUAGAAUGUGGUAGGAUUGGAUCUGUUGUUAAAAACUCUUAGAACCAGGAAUGCAUUGCAAUUCAAGGUAAAAGUUAAACCUCAUUUAUGAUGUACUUAAGAAUUGGUUACUUAACAACUAGAGUCGUUUGAAUUCUGUUACAAUAUUCGUACAUACAUCUCGCAAAAAGACUGAGCUACCUUCAAUACGUAUUUACCUAGCUAAUACAGAAUGGAAUGUGUAUAAUGCAUGAGCUCCAAUGUUAUGAGGUUCCAUUGCAUACUGAAUGAUGGAUUAGCUUUAUGAAGCUCUGGUUAAGUUCUAUCAAUGAAGACAAGGUAAUACUGAAGCACAAUAAUCUUUUGUAUUUUGUAAAUUACCUUUAAUAUAGGUAAUUAGCAAAUAAAGUAGCUCAUAUUGUAUAAUCUGUUUUUAAAUUAGUAUUUGAAGUUAUAUACCGCAGCUAUUAACCACUUGAUGUUGCUGAAUUGAGAAGUAAGGAAAAGACAGUACGUACAGCAUAAUGACUGUGCAGUGCCUGAAGGUGAUAGAUCAUUGCAUUAUAAGUACUUAUACUUGGAUUAUAAACAGAACUAUACUUUAGUACAACAUUGGAGAUUUCUGAUUUCCAAUAGUUUAGUUUGUCAGUUAGUUCUCCUGAUUGAUAUUAGAUCUAGCACAGGAUUUAGAAUUGAAAGGUACAGACCAAAGACUGGAGAAGUUCCUUUAUUUUGUUUCCUUAUUAUGUAUAGGUGCAGAGGCUCCGUCCCACCGGCUUUACUGCUAAGGUGUAGUCGGCCUGAUCUGUUUAUAUUGUGGCAUUUGAUUUACAAUUCAUAUCACUUAGUAAACAAAAGUUGUAAACAAUACCCUUAUUUCUACACAUUUUGAAUUGAAGGAUACUAGUCCAGUAAUGUAAUCCUCAGAAGUUGUCCAAAACUGUUUUGAGUGCAGUACCUCCUUUCAAAUAGGAUAUUAUCAUAUGCAUUUCUCUCUCUACUGGUAAAGGACAGUGUGCAGCUAUGAUCUAGUAAACAUGAGCCAUGUUGUUAUUUUGGUAGCUACGAAUUAAAUUUUACUUGAAAUGCUGUUUGAAGUUUUAUUGGGUUAUUAUGCAUUUGUGCAUUUUACUCAAUGCUCUUAAGUUUUAUUUUUAAAGAUAAGUUAGGUUUAAUAAGCAAAAGAAGGGGCUGUGAGUCAAUGUUUUUACAACAUUAUACUCCUUAUGUUGCUUUGUGUAUAUAAUAGUAAGACACCCAUAUUUUUUCCUCCAUAUUCUGGUUUUUAUUUCUUAGAGUAAAGAAGGAAGAGAGGAUUGGAAAAUUGUUAAAAUUCCACAUCAUAAGAAAAUGUACUUAGCUUGCUAAAAGCAUCAUGCACUGGCAUGUAACUUAAAAUAUCAUAUGUCAUUCAAAUACGUAUGAGUUACCCUGGUAAAAGAGUGGAAGUAUUUUGAGCUGCAACAAAAUUACAGCAUGGAAAAAAUAUAUGUAUAUUUUAUUUGUUCACUAUUUUUCCCUCUCAUUCUUUUAAGAAAAAAUGCUUUGGUGCUGGCACAGUACAGUAUUUAGAACUGUAGUGUAUAAAAUAUUUGUUUUUUAUCCAUUUUACAAUAGACAAAUUUUUAUUGAUAUUAAGCAGCAAUUCUCCAAGAUAUUCACUAUUGUUCACUCUUCUUAUCUUGGAUAUAAGGAAUUGUAUCCUCACGUUUUUAACUCUGGCCUAAGUACAAUUUUUUUCUACCAGCCUCUUAGCUCAUUGGAUAGUGCAUAUUGAAAUUCCGCAAGGAACUAUCAAGUUUCAACAUGCUUAACUUCUGAAAACCUAGCAUAGAGAAUGCAGCAUGUUCUUUGCUUGGGAUUUAAGGUACACUUGACUUUCAUAAAAUCCAGGAUGUCAUUUAUUUUAAUCUGUUAUUCAUUUCCAAAUAAUGUUUACAUAAGGGUUCUACACUGCUAUGUAAAAGGCUAGAUGUGAUUUUGUUUCCAUAACCUGCAGUAUAUCAUGCUUUUUUAAAAUUUUGUAUACUUAAUACACCUUCAUGCUAGCUGAUUUGCAUCAGUUGCCUUUCAUUUUAAAUGUUCCAUUUACUCAAUACAAGAUGUAAAAAGAAGAUUCAGAUUGAUUCUGCUACACUUGUUUAAAGGGGCACUUGUACUUAUAAACUAAAAUUGUGUGCUAAUGUUUUUAAAAAAUGUAGACUCCUUACAAAUACCUCCUUUAGAUAUGCAAAAAUAUUACGCUAUUGCACUAAUAUAUAAGUUUUGUUAAGUACAGUACUAUAUUAUUUCUACCCUAUACUUAGUACUUGCAACAACAGCACACUGGGUAGUAUAUCAAAUCGACUGCAGAUUCAUAUCUGUAACACCGAAUAUUUCAAAAAUGAUGUUCACCAUAUACGUAUAGAAUUUGCUAAUAUUUAAGCAAAGGAUUGAAUCAAACUACACCUCUCAACAGUACUUGUUUCCAGCAUUAUGCUGCUAAACUUUUGGUCUGAAGGUUUCUGCAUCCAACACUUUUUAGUACAGUAUACUUAAUCUGAGCUGAACAAUUGUACUGGCAAAUUGUAUAUUGAAUGCCUACAGGCUUUUUUAUUCAUGUCAAUAAGAAUGUGUGAGCAUUCAAAUAGAGGUUUUUUUCAUGUAUCUUUCCUAACUUGGCAUCUUUGGAAUAUCAUAUAGUAGUUCAUAAUAUGCUGUACAAGAACCAUUUUACUGUAUAGUACCUUGGUAUAGGUUGUAUUGUAAGAAUAAUCUCGACUAUAUCUGCAUCAAUAAAAGGAGUCUUCUUUUUAUAAUUCAAGCAUUCUGUAUUGAUUUUUUUUGCCAUUAAUUCUUUCUACAAUUACUACAUUUGUAGAACAAAGGAUUUAUCCAUGAUCAAAAUUAAAGCAGCAUUUGCAAAAGCAUUAUUUAACCGUCAGUAUUGCACUAUUUUGGUUUUGCUAUCAUUUAAAAAAGUAAUUAGGAUACAUACCAAUUUUCUUUGUUUUAAGUCAUAUUCUCUUAUCAUUGCAUGUAAAAGCAGCAGUGAUUAAUCACUGUUGCUUUUCAGAAACCUCUGGAAGGGAAGGGGUGAAUUCCAUCUUGUAUAUGAAAGGACGCAUUGGUUUAACAAACCAUACUUAGUUCUUGAUUGAUACAGUAGUAUGGGAACCAUCAACAAAGGCUACAACAUAUACAAGAGUACUUUCAGCACACUAAACUGGUGGUUUAGAUUGUUGCUUGGUGUAUUGAUUUACCUUGACAGACUACACUAUUCUAUCUGUUGAUCCAUCAUGAGAAAGGGAUUGGAGAACCAUUUGAUUUGAGGAAUAAUUGGUAAUCCUCUAGUUUCUUUUGCAACGAUGUUAAAAGAUCUUUAGCUGUAAAUAUAGUCUGUGGAAAGUCCUAGAAGUUUGAAAAGUUUGAUGGCAUCUAAUCAUCCCAUUGUAUCUAUUGUACUUAUGGUUGUUAAUGCUGUAAGGUGUGAAUCAAUUAUUGCUACUGCGUGUCUCAGUAGAUUGAGCUGCUGUACUUACUUUAGAUAAUGACAGAGCUACUUAUUUAACAAAGGAACAUAAAAAAGACAGGAAAGCCAAGUUCAAAGUUCUGCAGGUAAAUGGUGUUAAUGAAUGACAGAAUUUGGAUAUUAUUACAUAGUUCCAUGUAGUAUCUUUGGGAAUGUGCAGCCUGAUGUAAACAAAAUAGCUGAGGUAGUUGUAGUGUAGUCAAGAAUCCUGUAUACACAGUGUACGUAUAGAGGUAAACUCUGUUUGCGUACCUUACAAUAUACAAUACUAGUUUCAACAAGGAUAACUGAAAAUUGAAGGUGUAGCACUGUGAAGUAUAACAGAAGUUUUCACUUGUGUAAGUAGUUUUGUUACAAACCCUUAUGUCUGACCCUUGAAAUGAUACAUAUAUGAUAGCAGAUAACCGGUUUAUUAGACUUUACUGGAUUCAUACCAAUACUGUAGUUGGAGGUAAGGUUAUGAGUACAUAUAGUGUAUACAACUUUAAUGAUAUUAGUAGAUUAGUAUUAUAGAAAAAAGUUAGACGAGGUCAUGUAAUUCAGAGUAACUCAAAGCACAUGAGCAUUACCCACCACUUUGAGGUGCUUUGAGUGCAUCUUCCAUUUUGAUGGUUUCCAGACUAUUGUUUUGUGCUCUUAUACAAUUUUGUAGAUAUAGUUUUAACCUCCAUAUGUGUAUAUCAUCUACGUGUGGUUGCUUUUGCCUGGGAUGAUAAGUAAUACUUCAUGAUAGAAUUCUGUUCUUUUGACUUUCCAUUAUUUGUCAUAUCACAAUAUGUAAUGUUAUGGGAAACAAAAUUUUUGUUGAUUGUAAUUUGACUUAAUUUUGCCUGUGUAUGGCAUGGAUGUCUUCAGUAGGCAUCCUUAUGUAGAGUUGCACUGCUUUUACAAAAAUUUAACAUGGAAAAAUCAAAAUAGUACAUGUAUUAUCUUGAACCUUUAUUUCAUUCCACAAAGGGUACUUACUGGAUGGCAUGUUUCUAAUAGAUGUCACCUGAAGGUUCAUAACACUGAGUUACACUAAGGCAUGUUUUGAUCAUGUGUUGUCAAGGCAAGGCAAGCGUGGUUUUCUAAAUUCAUGUGUCAUGUAUCAGACAAAAGUAAAACUUGUUUGGAUAAAGUUACUGAUAUAUCUGUGCACUGUAUCAUCCUCAGAAGUAAUUUCAUAAAUACAAGAUUUAGGCUGCUUUAAAAAUACUUAAUUCAAAGAAGACUAGUUUUUUCAACCAGCUUUUCAGGCAAUGGGAACGUUAUUGCAAUGAAUGUUAAUUAAGAGCACAGUAAUAUUGUAUCUCCUGAUUUUUUAGUUAUGAGGUUUGAAGUGCAAUAUUAAAAGGAUUAUAUUUCAAAGUUUAACUAAGGUAUAAUAGGAUGUUGAGUGAUUAUUUUCCAAGAAUGUAUUUACAUGGGAAUGUGCAGAAAGUUCUUAUAAGCAUUAUUUUAAAGUGAAUAAAGUAUUAAUGAAUUUCAAAGUUGAAAGAAAAGUUUUAGUAACACAAUCACAUAUCCUAAUUUGAAAAAUAAUAACUAGUUUACUUUAAUAUCAACCCACUCAUAAGCUGCAUCUGAUGUAACUGUAUACCAGCCACUGAUUAGGAUUGUGUUUAGUCUCUUAAAUAUGAAAGUCAUUGUUGUAUAAAAGGAAGAAAUAUAUUAGUUGCACCUACUGUACAAUAUAUUUAGGAUAUAUGUUUUUAAGAGUGAUUCAUGGAUGUUAAAAAGGGGAAAUAGUUCAAGCUGCAAGUAGUGUAUUAUUGUACUAGUUUGGGUAAAGUAUAAAAAAUGGGUUUUAUGGAAAAACACAAUUGUCCAGGAAAGGAAAGAAGAAACACAUCAAAGUAAUCAAAGAAUGUCUUGAAUUGUUCAAAAUAUGCCUUUAUAUAAUUCUUUGUUUCAUAAAAUUUUUUAAUAGAGAUAUUUUAAUUAAGGGUCACAUAACAUAUCAGAGUUGUAUGUUUCUGGACACAAUAACUGCAAUACCUGAUUUGAACUGAAGCCUGUGUGGGUUCUUCAAAGUUUUCAUUUGUUAGUUAAUUGCAAUUGAGAGGAAAAUGAGGGAAAUUAGCAUUUUUAUUUAAUCAUAAUUAUGCAUUACAGGAUACUUUGGCUUGAAUUAUCUUGAAGGUUGUGGGGAAAAAACUAAUAAAUAACUACCUGAAACUUAAGUAAUGCCAGAGGAAAUGUUAUUUACAUCUGACUUGAAUAUUGCCAUGAUUUCAAAAACAUUAUGUAGUGAAAUCUGUGCCAAAUGUUACCUCUUUUUAAGGAUUCUCAGGUACUUGAGUAUUUAAACUGUUGGGCACCAUGAUUUUUUUUAAGUCUUGCACUUUUAUUUCUCUUAACCUUAAGUAUGCAUUGUUUCCUUAGCAAAUUGGUGUAAACUGUUCAUCUGGCUACGUAUUUAAAAGAUAUUCUAUUUAAGUUUAUAUGAAGAGAGCAGAUAAAACUGCUGCAUUUUGUACUGUACUUCACAAUCAUGUAAUAAUUCUCCAUAGCUAGACUGACAAUAUAAUUCAGACCUAGAUUUUGUAACAUAAGCUUGGACAUGACAUUAAAAUUGUGUGUUGUCUUUCAGCUAAUCAGUAAGAAUAUAGAGGAUGCUAACUAAUUUAAAAUUGGUAAAAUUAAUAUACAUAUUUUUACCAUUAACUUUUAUUAAAGAAUAACACUUGGAAGUUGCUUAUUUAGAGUAAAAUUUGAUUAAAUAUGCCAGUUUCCUCCUGCACCAGGUAACUUGUUAGAAAUUACUGUUUCUAUGAUUACAGAUUACAAGUUCCCUUGGUUACUCUAUGUUUUCAUGUACAUUUAAGAAAUGCUUUCAAGCAAUUUCUAAUAACCACAGUAACUGCUCUCUUCUUAUUUGUUAAGGUUAUACUUUUGCAAAUGAUGCAUAAUUCCCUUGAAUUGUUAAUACUGUACUGCCUUUUUUCAAGCUAACCAAAGCUAUGUGUAUUCAUACCAAAGAACAUUUCUGUGGAUAUAGAAAUAAACUUGGUGGAAAAUAAAGAUGGAGGACUCUGAGGUGUAUUCUAGAAUUUAUUAAUCAAACCAACAUUCUUCUGACUUCAAUUCAAAACUGUCAAGCGAAUUUAUGCCAAUAGCUCUUGCAUUAACACUGCAAUGCAUCACAGGUUGUUGUAGAGUUUUAGGACACUUCAAGUGUGACCUUAGCCAAGCUAUUUCAUAUUUCAUGAUAAAGAACUUUUCUUAUUCUAAAUAUAAAGAUUAUUAACAAGGAACUUUGCUCUCCUUUUGAUAUAUAAAACCCUUCUAUUUUGGUUUUGUGAGGGUUGUUGCUUUUUUUGUUUCUGUCCAUUUUUCAUAGCUAAAAGAAGGGAACCUAAUACUGUGAUUGUUGUGUAUAAAUGUUUAGUCAUUAGUUCUGGAUCAAAGACAAAUACAAAUUAGAAAGGGCUCUGACCACCAAAUACAUUUAAUCUGUGAAAGGAAGAGAAAGUGACUUGAGUCUGAUCAUUCAUCCAUAGUGUGAUACUGCUUCAUUGUUUGGUGUGAUGGCCAAUUCAUUUGAAUGGCAAUUGUAUAUUGACUGCAAUAUUAAUUUUCCAAUUGUAAUGAACUGGCUUCUCUGAGCUACUAAAAGUAAGUGAUUUGUGCCACAUAAUAUACUGAUGACUUGCCAUCCCUUUUAGGAAAUUUUAUUGGUAUCCCCAGUUUUCAGCUAAACCAGAUAUAAUAUUCUAACUGUAUACUUAACUAGCUGCAGCUCACCCAGCAUUCACAUUUUUCACAUUUCUAGAAUACUGUACUAAUUCAUUUUGGUUCAUGCCAUUUUAGCAAAUUUCUGAUCUGACCACUGAAGCACAUAAAAAAUGACUGUGCCAUUUAAGAAAAAGAAAAGGAAGAAAAAUAACUCAAUUAUUGGAAUGCUGAAUUGUUCACACACAGUUAUACAUCAUCCCAAAGUGAGGUUGUCGUCAUUACAGGAAAUUUGCAGAAUUUACCAUAAAGUAAAGACAUUGAAUAGUUUAAACACUUAUUGCACUUUCAAGUGUAAUGAUGAUAUCUCUACUUAUUGAAAUUAUUUUGAUAGGAAAAGAAAAUACAUAUAUCUGCAUAUAUAAAUAUUGUACUCAUGUCACUCGUCAUGUUGAAAAUAAAAAAAGUUUUACAGUCAAAA